AUGGCUGCGCUGCCAUCAGUCGCUCCAGUCUCGUCGAAUUCACCCUUGGCAACUGGCGUUGUUGCUACUGCGUUUGAUAGACGAGGGUCGAGACAGUCUCGAGUUGCUCGACGGAGUGGAACUGCUCCUAGUCCCACAACCGGAACACCGACAACGUGGACUGCGAGCAACGAGAAAACGUCAUCAACGGAGAAUGAGAGCGACAACAAGGUGCAGCGAUCGACGUCAUCAGCUUCUCAAUCAAGAUCGAGUAAAUGGAGUGCACUACGUCGCGAGAUUCUGCCCAGUCCAGCGCUCAUGACGGUCAGUGCGAAGGUUCAGAACAUUAUCGACAUGCUGAAGAAGCCCCCAGAGGACCGCUCAGAUAAUGAUAUCCUUUCUUCCCCAUGUUACUGCUCUGACUACAUUCUGUAUCAAUGGCUUAUGAGCCAGGAGAAACUAAGUUCGCUCUUCACGACAAUGUCUGAAGUGUCUGCUAAGAAGUUAUGCAAGGAGAUGGAGUUUCUGCAUCUUAAUAGUGGCGAAGUCGUCGUCAAGCAGGGCGAGAAGGGCAGUACAUGCUUCAUUCUCAUGAGUGGCCUCGUGGCGGUGUACGUGCGCAGUCCAGAAGAGCAGAUUAGGCAUCAGCGGCUUAUGCGCUCAAACUCUGUGUCCUCUAGCUUGCGUCGGCUUUCAGCAGGAACGGGCAUUAACUAUGGGGCCAAGGUGGUAACACUGACGCCUGGUGCAACGUUCGGGGAGCUCUGCCUCAUUGAGCCAGACUCCAAGCGUAGUGCUACAGUCGUGGUUGAUCAACAGGCCCAAAUGGCCAACUUCAUCGUACUCACAGCUGCAUCCUAUCUGCGUAUGACGCGCAGCCAAACAAUUGAGGGAACUAUCACCGACAACAUCGCCUUCUUACAGCAUUUGCUUAUUUUCAAGAACUGGAGCAAGAUGCAGCUCAUGCAUAUUGUGAAUUCGAUGAAGCUUGUCAAUGUAUCAGCCGGACAAUACUUGACGCGCAAGGGCGCCGAGGCGGAUUCCUUCUUUGUCAUUUUGCGUGGAGAAGCUAUAGAGAGUGUCAACCUUACAGUAAGCGAAACUUCCGAGAUGAGUAUGGGAGAAGUGCGUGGUGUACAGCGAAGUAUCACAGUCGAGCUCACUUUUCUGGGUAAAUUUGACGUGGCCGGUGAAUAUAUCGCGUCUGAGAAGAAAAUGGCCAUGUGCCCUGUGGAUAUUCGCGCUGCCACUGACGUAGACUGCCUUGUACUCACAAAGAAAAUGUUCAUGCUACAUUUCGGUGGUAAAGAGUUAAAGCCUCACGUAGUACCAACACGGAGGCGCCUAGGCAAGAUUGCUGAAGCUCGAGAAGCUUGGCGCGAGACUCGAAUUUUACAGGCAUUGCAAUACCCUUCCCUGCGUGUCCCGAUUACUCGCAAACUUAUGCGUCUAAGUGGAAAUUGCUGCUUGAUCUGUGGGCGACGCACGCAUGUUGCGGGCGAUCCCUUGUGCAUGGAGCUACCAUCAUACUACAUGCUUGACGAGAAGCAGAAAAAGCGCGAGCAGAAGGAAAGAGGUCGCACAGCGAGUAAACACCGCAUCAGUGUAGUUUCUCCGCCUUCUUCCGGUGUGGAUAGUUCAAGCCCAGCUAGGAAGCCGUCAAUGAUGUCGAGUCCAAUUCGAAUAGAUCUACCGUCGCUGCGUGAGCAUGAUCACGAGGAUCAUCACGAGCUCCAAAGUCCAACACGCCUUGGUGUGCAACUUGUGAGUCGGCAAUGGCAAGAAGCCGAAAAGAACCGAGUUGUCCGCUUGCCACAGCGACCAAUGACAACGCCUUCAGGAAAGCGGGCAUCACCGCUAGCAGUGACUUCAAUCACACGUUCGUCUCACAUUACUCGUCGUCAGGAGGAAGAAGAACAACAACGCCUGCUAAAAGCCCGCCCUCUUAAAACCCGCAAUAUCCAGGAAGAACUUCAGCACAUUCGAGAUACUUGGCCGAACUGCUGGAAUUACGACGAUGAAAUGCAGACACGACCACGACCGCGGUCUCCGCUGACGUCACCAAGGCCUCCUAGACUUGGCCAACAAAGCGGAAGCCUGUCAGCUCGGACAUGA